CGGCGGAGACGCCGAGUGACCGGCGGGGGGACAGGGAGGAGCCGCGGGGAGCCGCCAGCCGGGGCACGGGGACAGGGACGGGAGGGCAGAGAGAGCGGCACUGCGGAGAGGGGACGGCAGGGGACACGGAGGGGGGGCACACGGAGAGCCGUGGAAUACUGAGAGCCGAGGAGACGCGGAGAGAAAGCGGCGGGGACACCCGGCUAUCGUACAGGAACGCAUCGGUAGGGGCUCUGCCCACUCUCUGCCCGCUCUCUGUCCUCACCCUGCCCCAGGCUCGAUGCUGGCCGGCGCUGGCCAUGGAGAAGCUGUACCUGGCGGGGAGCAGCACCUGGAUCACCAACGGCUCCCUGGGGAACGGCAGCCUCCGGCUGGAGAACCUGAGCGCCGGCAGGAACAGCACCGCCGACCCCCUGAAGAGGAACGAGGACAUGGCCAAGGUGGAGGUGACAGUCCUGUGCCUCAUCCUGUUCCUCGCCCUGACCGGCAACCUGUGCGUGCUCCUGGCCAUCCACACCACCCGCCACAAGCACUCCCGCAUGUACUUCUUCAUGAAGCACCUGAGCAUCGCUGACCUGGUCGUGGCCAUCUUCCAGGUGCUGCCCCAGCUCAUCUGGGACAUCACCUUCAGGUUCUACGGGCCAGACUUCCUCUGCCGCUUGAUCAAGUACCUGCAGGUGGUGGGAAUGUUCGCUUCCACCUACAUGCUCCUGCUGAUGUCCCUGGACCGCUGCUUGGCCAUCUGUCAGCCGCUGAGGUCCCUGCACAGGAGAGCUGACCGGGUCUCUGUCCUCCUCACCUGGCUGCUGUGCCUGCUGGUCAGCAUCCCUCAGAUCCACAUAUUUUCUCUAAGGGAUGUGGGGAAUGGGGUUUAUGACUGUUGGGCAGAUUUCAUCCAGCCCUGGGGACCAAAAGCCUAUGUUACCUGGAUCACCCUCAUGGUCUAUAUCAUCCCUGUGUUGAUGCUGAGCAUCUGCUAUGGCUUAAUCAGCUUCAAAAUCUGGCAGAACGUGAAGCUGAAGACGGCUCACGGGCCCAGCACGGGCCUGGGCUCGGGCUCCCGCGGCGGGAUGGUGUUUGCCAGGGUCAGCAGCACCAGGCUCAUCUCUAAAGCCAAGAUCCGGACAGUCAAAAUGACCUUUAUCAUCGUGCUGGCCUUCAUCGUGUGCUGGACUCCCUUCUUCUUCGUGCAGAUGUGGUCUGUGUGGGACACCAACGCCCCGCAGGAAGCCUCUCCCUUCAUCAUCGCCAUGCUCCUGGCCAGCCUCAACAGCUGCUGCAACCCCUGGAUCUACAUGCUCUACACCGGGCACCUCUUCCACGACCUGAUGCGCCGCUUCCUCUGCUGCUCCACGCGCUACCUGAAGUCGCGGCCGGCGUGUGAGCUGAGCAAGAAGAGCAACUCGUCCUCCUUCGUCCUCAGCUGCAGGGCCACGAGCCAGAGGAGCUUCGUGCAGCCGUCCACGACCUGAGGCGGCGGCCAGCCGGGACCUUGUGCCUCUGCUGCGCUGCUCCCGUGCGGAAAAGCCGGGCCGGACAGGAGGGGUCUGUACACAGGUGUAUAUAUGGCUGUAAGCAUGUACAGAGGCGUUAUUUAACCCAGACGGGAGCGGGCGAGGAAUUCUGUGCCCAAGUUUCAGUGCUGCCUGGGAUUAGACAGCAGGAACGCGUUCCUGAGCCCCAAACCCUGACCUCAGUGGCUUGUGGAUGCCACCAGGAGGGACAAAGGACGCGGUGCAGCUGGGGCAGGUGCGAUGGAAGCACAGGAAGAUGGGUGUCACCCCGGUAUGUGGCUGGGCACUGUCCUACCUCCUCCUGCAGCAGGAUCCUGCAGGAUGGCAGCACCUGGCACCGCGCUCUCAGCACUGUGCCCGCUUUGCUUGCAGCCUGUGGGGCAGAGGCAGCCCCGUCCCUGCAGCCCUGAACCAUGCCAGCCUGCACCAUGCCAGCCCUGCAGCCCUGCACAAUGCCAGCCCUGCAGCCCUGCAGCUCUGAACCAUGCCAGCCUGCACCAUGCCAGCCUGCACCAUGCCAGCCCUGCAGCCCUGCACCAUGCCGGCCUGCACCAUGCCAGCCCUGCAGCCCUGCACCAUGCCAGCCCUGCAGCCCUGCAACUCUGAACCAUGCCAGCCUGCACUAUGCCAGCCUGCACCAUGCCAGCCCUGCAGCCCUGCACCAGGCCUGCCCUGCUCCCCCUGCCUGGGCCACAGACAAGGGCACUCACUCCUGAGGUCAGCAGGGACCAGCCUCGAAGGGACAGCGCUGUGGCCCGGGUGUCCCCAGCCCAGCUCUGCUCCCUGUGCCCAGGGAGGCUGGGCAGGAGCCCGGGGCACGGCUGGGGCCGGGAUCCGGGAUGCGGGCAGUGACCCUGGCCGAGAGUGCCGAGCAGCUCCUGCUCGGGGGGUGCGGGAUGCGGGCGGGCCCUGGCUCCGACAGGGACAUUCCUGUCGUGUCCCCGAGCCAGGCUCGGCCCUGGCUCGCCGCAGGUCCCAGCAAGCCUCCCACAGCUCCGUGCCAAUCGCUCUCUCCAUGGCACAGGGCAUGCUCACGGCGUGGAUUUUUAUUGUUGACAAAUACUGUAAAUAAAGUUUUCUGACUGCGUCUGGUGGAAGGCGGGCGGGAGGCGCGGGGGGAGCGCUGCUGAGGGAUCGAAAGGAUGGAUGGAAAGCGCCGAGAGCCCGCAGCCAGCCGCGCUCGCUGCCUGCGCAGCGCUGCCCCAGCAGCGGGACCUGCCCCCAGCGGCACACAGCUGGCUGCGACACGGGCACUGCCGG